CUUGGAGAGAGAUCAUAAAAUAUUUCAAUUCAUCAGUUUUGUUGCAACUUUCUAUUUUCUAGAUUUGGAUUUAGCUGUUUGACAUAAUUGUCUUAUUAAGCCAGAAAUGCUUCUAAACCAGGAAAGCCCAAAAUUUAUCGAAAGAAUGACUUGGAUCAACUCACUGCCAAUGGUAGCCACUCUGAUAAACGGCCGCCAUGUCAUCAUCGACUUCAUGACAGAACAGCAGCUAACGGAGACUUACUGUAUGAUCCAGGAAGCCGCCCAGCAUGGAGACGGCUACGGAAUCGACGAAUUCGACUCCGAGAAAGACUUCCGACGAGAAAUCGAGGGAAGUGACUGCUUUGCUGUGAUUUGCAAAGAAAGUGGCGAACUGUUAGCUGGUUUCAUCUUAGCCGUCAGCAAAUUCUAUCGUGGAGCUAAUGGAGUGGUAGAUCCUUUCAUCAUCGUCAAACGCUCCGAGAGAAACCAGAAACUUGGCGAAUUCUGCAUGAGAAAGGCCAUCGCCUUCUCCGAAAAGAUCGGUUACAUGGGCAUGUACGUGGACACUUUCUCCAACAAUAUUGCCGUCCGGCGAAUCAUUGAAAAGAUUGGAGACUUUCAGCAAGUUGGAUUCCUCCCACUGGGGGGCAAGCUAAAGAGUGGACAAUUGAUCGGGUCUGUAAUAUACUACCGCGAUCUGUCCCCAAUAAGUGACACGUGAACUGUCUCGAUCGAAGAUGGACUUAAUACCCAAUUAAGCCCAAAUUGGUGAAAACUUUUGAAAACCUACUGCUUGAACAAAUCGGGCUUCGGCGCGCUCCGCUCCAAAGCAGCAGAGUGACAUUAUUCGAGUAGCCAGAACGUGCAAAAGAACAGAGCAUUACUGUGACAUUGAAGGAAUCGAAAGUUUCAGACUGUUAAAGAUUGAUUUCAGUCAAGUACUAGUAUUUAUAUCAGACCGUCACAGUAACUGUAUAUACUUGAUACCAGAAAUGUUCUUUGCUUCUGGUGAUACCACAAGCUGUAUUCAGUAGUCCAACAAAUCUUGGUACUGCUUUAUUAUGUCAAAACAACAAUGUUCAACAAUUUCUUGUUUACAUGAAAUAAAAACGAAGUAAACAUA